AUGGCAGGGACAGGCAUUCUUAAUGUGCUUAGACAUUCAGCGACAUCAUCCAUCUUUCUGCUUUGUUUGUGGAAUAUGAUUUUCGGGCAGAUUCGUUACUCCAUUCCUGAAGAACUGGAACGCGGUGCUUUCGUGGGAAAAAUUGGAAAAGAUCUGGGACUGAGCAUAGAGGAGCUAUCAAGACGUAAGUUUACAAUCGUAUCAGUCAGUACAAAACGGUAUUUGGAUGUAAAUCCUAUGAAUGGGAUUUUAUUUGUGAAUGCAAGAAUUGACAGGGAACAGCUAUGUGGACAGCGUGAUAGUUGUACAUUACUCAUGGAGGCUCUAACUGAAAAUCCAGUGGAACUGUAUCGUGUGGAGAUCGAAAUUUUAGACAUAAAUGAUAAUUCUCCAAUCUUUCCGAGCAAAGAAAUUCACUUAGAAAUUACCGAAACCGCCACUCGUGGAGUUCGCUUUCUGCUGGAGCGUGCGCAUGACGCAGAUGCGGUAAAUAAUUCAGUCUCCACAUAUCAUCUAACGCCAAAUAAGCAUUUUGUUUUAGAUAUACGAAAUCGUGGAAAAUGGAAAGUUCCCGAACUAGUAGUGGACAACAUUCUUGACCGAGAAACGCAAUCGAGGCACAAUUUGUUACUUACUGCUCUGGACGGCGGAUCACCAGAGAGAUCAGGUACCGCACAUGUAACUAUUAUUAUCUUGGACACGAAUGACAAUCCUCCCGUUUUCGACAAUUUAUUGUACACAGUUAGUGUAAAGGAAGACGUGCCACCGAAUACUUCACUGAUUGAACUAAAAGCAACUGAUUUGGACGAGGGGAAAAAUGCAGAAAUCAUUUAUUCUUUCAGCAAUUAUAAUGAACCAAGAGUAACUGAAAUAUUUGCGAUUAAUCCAACAACCGGAGUGAUACAACUGAAAGAAGGUUUGGAUUUCGAGGAAGCAAAUGUAUAUGAGUUUCAUGUUGAGGCUAAGGAUGGAAAUGUACCACCACUAAUGACACAUUGCAGCGUGCAGGUGGAUAUCACAGACGUCAAUGACAAUGCUCCCAAUUUGACUUUAACUUCGGUUUCCAGUACAGUCAAUGAAGAUGUUUCGAGUGGAACUUUGAUCGCGUUGAUCAGCGUGACAGACAAGGAUUCCAACGACAAUGGGUAUGUUGACUGUUCUAUUUCACCUGCUGUCCCUUUUGAACUAAAAUUCUCUUUUCGUAAUUCUUAUAAACUCAUUACAAAUACUGCACUAGACCGUGAAAUUGCACCUCAGCACAAAGUAAUAGUGACUUGCAAAGACCGGGGAAUCCCACCAUUAUUUACCAACCGGACAAUUGUGGUAAAUAUAUCAGAUAUAAAUGAUAAUGCACCACGCUUUACGCAGCCUACCUACACGGCCUAUGUGACGGAAAACAAUGUACCUGGCAGUUAUAUUGGUUCAGUAACAGCUCUGGAUCUAGAUAUUGGCCGAAAUGCUCAGAUGUCUUACUGCAUUGUAGAGAACGACCUUCAAUCAAUGCCGGCAUCUUCAUUUCUCUAUAUCAACUCAAACAAUGGCAGCAUUUACUCGGAAAGGCCAUUUGAUUAUGAGCAAAUCAAAAGUAUUCAAUUUCAAGUUCGAGUGCAGGAUGCUGGAUUGCCAUCACUUUCCAGCACCGCUGUUGUUCAAGUGAUUGUCUUGGAUCAGAACGAUAAUCCGCCGACCAUAACGUCCUGGAAAGCGACACGUCAUGGUACUUUACAUGUGCCCCGAUCUGCAGACCCAGGAUAUCUGGUAACAAAGAUCAUUGCUUCCGAUGCAGAUUCUGGUAAGAAUGCUCAACUUUCCUUUCAACUGAAACAGACCAGUAAUCCAGGUCUUUUUAUAAUUUCACAAAGUUCAGGAGAAAUAAAGAGUGUUCGGAGAUUCAAAGAUAGCGACGCCUCCACUCAAGAAUUAAUUGUCCAGGUGAAAGACAAUGGUUACCCCGCUCUAUCUGCCUCUACUACCUUAACUUUGACAGCAAUUGAACAAGGGAUAACCUAUCAACCCGAUUUUAAGGAACCACGCCAAGAUUUAAAAGAAACUCAAAAAUUAAGUUUUUAUUUAAUAAUUUCUUUGGGAACAAUAUCUUUUAUUCUGUUACUGGUUAUCAUCGUCUUGGUUAUUGCAGUUUGCCCACUGGGCAGCAGCGCUGCUCUCGGCGGUGUUUGGUCCUUUGCUGAUUUUUGCUGCACCAGAGAAUUGGAACGUCAGCAUUCGAAUGUUAACCCUCACGUUAUAACGGAUUUCCAAGUCCUUCCGAGUGUGCUUGAGGUUCACAGCAAAGUCUCCCUUACCGACACAUACCGUUAUAAAAUUCGGUCAGCCCCUGAAUCAUCCGACUUCUUCACCCCAAACAGUCCAGAAAUGGCA